CUCGGGGCGCGCAGCCCAUGGAGUCGGGGCUGCUGCGACCGGCGCCGGUGAGCGAGGUCAUCGUCCUGCAUUACAACUACACGGGCAAGCUCCGCGGUGCCCGCUACCAGCCCGGCGCUGGCCUGCGCGCCGACGCCGUCGUGUGCCUGGCGGUGUGCGCCUUCAUCGUGCUCGAGAACUUGGCGGUGCUGUUAGUGCUCGGGCGCCACCCGCGCUUCCACGCGCCCAUGUUCCUGCUCCUGGGCAGCCUGACGCUGUCGGAUCUGCUGGCUGGAGCCGCCUACGCUGCCAACAUCCUGCUGUCGGGGCCGCUCACGCUGCGACUGUCGCCUGCGCUUUGGUUCGCGCGUGAGGGAGGCGUCUUCGUGGCGCUCGCCGCGUCCGUGCUGAGCCUCCUCGCCAUCGCGCUGGAGCGUCGCCUCACCAUGGCGCGCCGGGGGCCCGCGCCCGCAGCCAGUCGGGGGCGCACGCUGGCGCUGGCGGCUGCCGCCUGGGGAGUGUCGCUGCUCCUUGGGUUGCUGCCGGCGCUUGGCUGGAAUUGCCUGGGUCGUCUGGACGCCUGCUCCACGGUCCUGCCGCUCUACGCCAAGGCCUAUGUGCUCUUCUGCGUGCUCGCCUUCGUGGGCAUCCUGGCCGCCAUCUGUGCGCUCUACGCGCGCAUCUACUGCCAGGUGCGCGCCAACGCGCGGCGUCUGCGGGCGCGGCCGGGGGCCGGCGGGGGCACCUCCAUCCGGGCGCGCCGCACGCCACGCUCGCUGGCACUGCUGCGCACGCUCAGCGUCGUGCUCGCGGCCUUUGUGGCGUGCUGGGGCCCUCUCUUCCUGCUGCUGUUGCUCGACGUGGCGUGCCCCGCGCGCGCCUGUCCUGUGCUUCUGCAAGCCGACCCCUUCCUGGGCCUGGCCAUGGCCAACUCGCUUCUGAACCCCAUCAUCUACACGCUCACCAACCGCGACCUGCGCCACGCGCUCCUGCGCCUCGUCUGCUGCGGCCGCCACCCCUGCUGCCGAGGCCCGGGUAGCUCCCAGCGGUCCGGGAGCACGGCGGGAGCUUCGGGUGGCCUGCGCCACUGCCUGCCCCCGGGUCUGGACGGCAGCUCAGAGCGCUCGUCGCCCCAGCGCGAGGAGCUGGACACCAGCGGCUCCACCGGCAGCCCCAGCGCGCCCAAGGCCGCCCAGACCCUGGUACCCGAACCGGUGGCAGACUGAUGCCCACGCCCGCCUUUGUCUUUCUCGAGAG